CACACAAAAUGUAGUUUCGGUCUACCGAUGUUCUCGAGCUACACAUUAUGAAAUAACACAGGUGUCACCUGACAACAUGGCCGAUGAUCAACCCCCGACAUCUUCUCCAAGAGAAGGCUCCACCGAUUACACACAGUAUGGCAUCACGGAUAUCCCCAAAUAUACGACACUCACAGCGUUCGGGAAGACAAAGACAUUUGCAGGCCUGUAUCCAAAAGAAUGGGCAUUUCUGGUUGUGUCGACCAUCAACAUCUUGGCAGCAGUAGGGCUGACAAUCUAUAGGCUGGUAGUGGUGGUCGAAUCUGACCCUGAGUCAUCGGAUUUCACCUUCACGAUACUCCUUCUUAUCAAUGCUGGUUUCAGUGCCUUCUAUGUCAUCCAUGGUGUGUUGCGUGAACGUGUGUACGAGCUCUACGCGCUGAUAGUGGCCAUCUUGGUAGUGACCAUGUACUGUGUACUGGAGUAUGGAGCCUUCAACAAAGAAGGGCAAACAACAGUCAAACUGGUAAAGAUAAAUAUGUGUAUCUUAGCACCGCCAAACAUUUUUCUAGCCUGGGCUGUUGCAAAGGACUUUGGAUAUCUGGAAUUUAGAAUAGUUGGCGCUUCAGAAUAUCUGCAACAUCUCUACAAACAGGCCGCCAUAUUUUCCUGCUUCUUGAAAUUAGACUUGCAGGCAUCGGUAAGCUUUGUGGUCCUGGCCUUGAAGGAGGGAACGGACAUCACACUGCUGGAAAAGAUCAAUCUGGGUGUUGGGAUACCAUACACACUUUUGUGGUCAAUACUGGGCUGGUUCGUGGUGACGAGGGAACUGAGGGUGUGGGUGGGUGUUUGCUGUGGCGGUGUUAUCAAGCCUGCAUACUAUCUCUACAAAGUUAUUAAAGUGUAUACAGAGCUGGCGGAGGACCCUGAAGCCUUCAGCAACACCAUCGUGUACUCCCUCCUGGCUGCAGGAGCUAUUGCCCUGAUUUCCUGGUUCAUUCUCAUGGCAGAGCUGAUCGCUGUAUACAGAAACUUUGGCAAAGGUCUCAGAGAAAGAGGCACCCGAACUAACUCAAGAUCUCAUCCUCUUCACUAACAACUGUCAUGAAUU